AUGGCAAACAUCGGCGGACAGAAGAUCUUUAUGCCAAAGCCUCCCGACAGGGGAUCCUUUCCAUUAGACCACGAGUCGGAGUGCAAGACAUCUAUGAUUUCGUACCUCAAGUGCCUCAACGACAACAACUCCGACAACACUUCCUGUCGACUGUUGGCUAAAGACUAUCUCAAGUGUCGAAUGGAUCGCCAAUUGAUGGCCAAAGAAGACUUCAAAGUUCUCGGAUUCAAAGACCAAACCGACGCCACUCUCGACCACAAGUAG